AAAAAAAAUAUAUUAUUUAUUUAAACGUCUCAUGAACGUGGCAGCAGAAACUUCCGUUUUGGUCAGAUGUAAAAGAUGGCAGCUGUAAGAGCAAAGUCAAUCCGACAAACUGGGGGUCUGCUUCGAAGUCGCUCAGAAGGAACUCUGAUUGAUCUAGAUGACAACAUAACCAUCAACAACAAUAGCUUACAUGGGAGUUACAUGUCAACGCAUUCGAAGUGGCCUGUUAUACAGCCUGAUGUGCAACCCCCAGGACAAACAACAAAUCCCUUUUGGAACAAAUUGUCCCAGUCAAAUCCUUUCUUAGAUGACAUUGUGUGCAAAAAGACCACUGACUCAAAUGUUCCCACAAUGAAGGAGGAACCAUCAGCUUUAUUUGGUAACAGUAUCGAAGACUGUACAAGCAUAUCCUCAGAUGAACACAAUUUUAGCCGUUUUCUGGAGCCUGAGAGAAACGGCAUCAAUCGAUCAGGACGGUGGAGAAGUGCCUCGGACAUUCUUGAUAAUAUUGUAAAAAAAGAACCCAAAAAGGAGAACAGCUUUAGCUCUAAUGGACCAUUCUUGAAACCUGAUUUUGACUGGCUUAAAAAUGAUAUGGAGGCUUAUAAAAUGGCCUGGUUGAGUCACAGGCAGUUAACCAGGUCCUGUUUGAACCUUACCCUGAUAAAACAAAGUCCUGGUUGGGCUCAAACCCAAGCUGCAGACACACACAUUGUCUGUAAGAUCGAUCACAAUGGAGGCACAAUGAAGUUGCCCUACUCUAAUAUCAGUGCCCACAUUCCCCAAGGUUAUGUUGCUCCAGGUCAGAUUCAGGAAAUUGGUCUUAAAGCUAGCCUUGAUCCACCACGUGGAAUCAAUAAUAAUUAUGUAACAUCUGUGAGUCCUCUUUUGGAAAUCAGUUUCAGCAGUCCUAUUACUCUGAAAGGCAUCACGCUUGACAUUAAAAUGGCAGCUGAGGUAAAAAAUGACCCUUUGAGCCAAGUCAUGACGACAUUUGUAGGUCUGGUGGCCCAUAGGAAAGAUGGACCUUAUGAGAAGGUUAAGGACUGUUACAUAUAUAAGGACAUUUUACAAAUGAAGAUCCAGGACCUAAAGCCUCACAUGUACAUCACUGCUGCUGCAGAGGCCACAGUCAUCCAGCCACCAGCAACCUCAAUAUGGGACUAUUUAGACCGACCAUUCACAGUUGCAGUAUAUGGUCCCAAGCAUAUUCAUCCAUCUUUCAAAGUAGUGCAAGUACUUUCUUGUUAUGAUAGUGUUCCACCAAGACUUCCUUUCUCUGAUAUCCAAAAAGGUAAAAGAAAUUUGCCCCCUGUUGUUUUGCAACUUUGGGGAAAGCAUGAGUUCAAGCCUCGUGAUCUGAGUGAUUUGCACCUUACAACGACUGUGACCGAAUCAAAUUUUGAAGUAAAAUAUGAGGACAAGAACAAAGAGGUAAAAAUGGAGGAACUGAAAACAGGCAGAGUAAUCCAUUUGCCAUUGGAACUAUCACGAACAGGCAAGGGAGAAAUGGGUCCGUUCCAGCUGGCCAUCCAGGUGAAGGGCUCAAAUUUCCUUUCAUUAGCAGAUUUUUGUGUUAUUUCUCCUGAUGCUGCUCCUCUGAGGACAGACAAACAUGGAUUUAAACAUGCGGAGCGUCACAGGGAAAUAACCCAUUCUCAAGCUAUUCCAGAAGAAUCUGUCCCACAGUUUAGAAAGUUUCAAGAUAUGCCAGUGAACAUUCAGUGGUAUGGGGUAGCGGUGAAAUCUCUUUUUAGGCAGCCAAGAGUGGAAUAUCUUCUAGAGUACUUCAAGGGUGAAACAAUUGCUCUGCUCUCCAGAGAAACAGUUAAGUCUGUUGGACAAUCAAAAGUAAAAGAAUGGUAUAUUGGCUUUCUCAGGGGAAGUGUUGGUUUGGUACACUGCAAGAAUGUGAAGGUCAUAUCCAAGGACCAAGUAAUUGACUUUUCUGGGGUUAGACUUACAACACAAACCCUGCUGGACAACAUGACUUUGCCGUUUAAAAAGCUCACGUACAUGUACUCUGCCAUUCAGACCCUUGUAACAGAUCACAUAACCUCUUGGAGAACUUUUGCUGCAGCUCUGGGUUAUUCAGACCUCUCGAUAGACAGUUUCUCUAGGCGGAAAGCUGACACAGAAGCAGAUAAGGUAGCAUGCGUACUUGAGAAGCUUAAGGAAGACUGCCACACAGAAAAAACUAGGCGGAAAUUUCAACAUGAACUUAUAAUUGGACUUUUUAAAAUGGAUGCCCAGGGACUUGUUGCCCAUUUAAUCCAGAACACAGUUAUUCUGUCCACAGCUGUUGAGCUUGGGGUACGGUGGAGGGAAUUGGCUGAAAAAAUUGGAAAACUGUCAAAUUCUCAGAUUGCUGGUUAUGAGGCACCACACAGAGGCAAAAGUGGAGAAGUCAGUACUCAGUCCAUGUGGAAACCUGCAUAUGACUUCCUAUACUCGUGGAGUAUGCAGUAUGGAGAGGGCUAUAGGGACAUGAUUCAGGAUCUACAUCUGGCCCUGGACAAGAUGAAGAGCCCAGUGACUAAACACUGGAGACAUAUCACUGGAGCACUCAUUACAGUAAACUGCAUGGAGAUCUUGAGGGCCUCUGCCUUCAGAACAGCAUAGUGAACAUUAUGUUGCAAGCUGUGGUGAGUUGAUGACUAUCAUGCAUUGUGUAUAUUUCUGUUUUUGUAUAGCAGUGAAAUGCCUUCUCUACUGAUUGUAACUUAAAAUGGCAUAAUAUGUAUGCUGUUGGAAUGUAUUCUUUUCUACUGUUGACAUAGAAACUUCCCUCGGCCAACACAGUUAUUCAAGUUAUUAUUAUUAUUAUUAUUAUUAUUAUUAUUCAAAGUGAAUACACUGUAAAGUUUAAAUAUUUGUUAAACAUCAUAUCCAUAGUCAUUAUUAUGUUAAUAUGCAUUAAAAUACCUUAUCUUCGAAAUAGAGAGAAUCUUGAUCUUGACGUUCUCUGUAUCAGUGUCCUGCCACUUAAGAAAAGCCUGCUGUAACAAUCAAUGUAAUUAUUUUACAGCUGCACUUAAAAGAUUUAUUGUUAAAUGUACAAUUUUAUCUUGUAACUAUUAUUGCUAAAUUGGAAUAAUAAAACACAUUUUAGCUGUUUUGUGUACA